AUGGACCACAGUGAGGGGGUCAUCCAAGCCCCAGCCGAUACCACGGUGCCUCAGGAACUGCUGGAAGAAAUGCUUUUGUUUUUUUGGGGGGGGAAGAGGUACCAGCUGCACAUUUCCCCCCAAGCAUCUCCUUGGAAUUAUUCCAUCUUUGCCCUGGUGGGUGUGGUGGGCGUGAUAAGCUUCGUCCUCCUGGGAAGGAGCAUCCAGGCAAACAGAAAUCAAAAACUCCUGGGGAAAAACAAACCAGAACUCCAAGACUUGGCUGAGGCUGAAACCAGAGAUGACAAUAACCUGAACAUCCUAAGAGAGACUUUGCUCUCAGACAAGCACAAUUUAGCCCAGGUGGCAAUUGAGUUAAAAGAGGCAGAUGCGCCACUGGCUCUCCUUCCAGACCCACAAGAAUCGGAGACCUAG